AUGUUUGAAUCAGUGGAAGAAAUGCUUGAAUCUCCAGACUAUGAUAAAGAUUUACAAGAUGAAUUAUCGAUAGCCUGUCCAAACUACAUGACUGUUUUCCAAUCAGCAAAACGUGAUUUACUGAGAAAUGAUUGUGGAAUCGUCGUUGCAGGAGAAACAAGUGCUGGUAAGACAACUCUCAUAAAUCAACUUAUCGGAAAGAAAGUUUUCGUAACAGGCAAUUUAGCAACAACUGGCAAAAUAACCAGGAUAAGGGAUUCAGAAACAAUAAAAAUAAAAUGUUUUACAAAAGAAGAAACUCUGAAGGAAGAGAAAGAAGUGGACGAUAUAAAGAAACUAAGAUCUAUCAUCGAAAAACUAACUGAGAUUCAAAUAGCAUCACAGGACGGACAGGACAAAUACUUUGUGGAUGUGUACUUACCAGUGCCUAUUUUGAAGGGAAAUGUCAUAAUAGUAGAUACACCUGGAAUAGGAGAGAAUGACAAUCUGGACAACAUUUUACUUGAAUUUUUGCCGCAUGCUGUCUCAUUUGUGUUUGUAGUAAAUGCAAAAGAUACAGGUGGAAUCCACGAAGAUAGGCUCUUAAAAAUUUUGAAAACCAUUAUGGAGAAUCGAGAAGAAAUGCCUUGUUUUGAUCCACGAGAGGUCAUGAUUCUUACAAAUCAGUGGGAUUGUAUCCAAAAUGACGAUUCAUCAUCAGACGAAGACGAGGAUGUCAAGCAAAGAAUUGGAAGAGUACAAAAAGACAAUAAUUACAGAGCUAACAGAGAAGCUGCAUUUAUACCUUCAUUCGCCAGAGGGACGAGAGCACAUCCUUAA